AUGUCGCUCUUCCCCAACGACCAGUACGCCAUUUCCGUCAGCCGGGAUCGCUGUCUGCUGACCUGGGACUGCGGGCAUUCCUGGUGUGGGGUGCUGUUGCGGGACAAUAUGCGCGACCUUCGAGCGGAGAAGCGUUUAACCGCCCACCGCGAGAGGCACGGGGGCAUCAAUUGCCUGGCCGUUGCUUCCAACCAGACCACCGUGAUCACUGCGGGGCAGGAGAAGACGUUGACUACCUGGGACUUGCGCAUGGCGGACCCGGUCCGGAUCAUCGACCUGGAUGAGGAGGUGCUGGCGCUGAGCAUGACCCACGACGACGCCUUCCUGGCCACUGCGGGCACGGGCCAGACGGUGAAGGUCUGGGACAUCCGAAACGACCAGGCCUGGUAUCGCUGCCCGGCCGUAGAACGUGGGCACAAGCUGCGGGUUUCUGGUGCCAUGCCGGAGUUGCGAGUGAGCUCCGCUGCAUCUGGGGAGCAGCUGCUGACCGCGGCUUUGGAGGAGGCUGCGCUGGCGUCAAGCCUGGCGAAGUUGCUGAAGGCGGAGGUUUUUCGCAGCCUCGGAGUGCCUGCAGUGAGGCAGAAGCUCUUCCUCGAGGGCCAAGAGUUGUCAGAGGGCUCCUGGCUCAGCUUGGGCCAGCCUUCGGAGGUCUUCGUCGUGCUGCAGUGCGCGGCGCAGCGCUUCGGAGCGGAGCUGGUGUCCGCGGCUGCGGCGGGGGACGCGGCGAUGGUGCAGCGCGUGCUGGCGCAGUACCAGGAUCCCAACUGCAGGAGCCGCGGGCUUGCGCCGCUGCACCUCGCUGCGGAGAACGGCCACGCGCCCUGCCUGCGGCUGCUGCUGGCCGCGGCCGCGGAUCUGCACGCAGCUGACGACGCCGGGGAGACGGCCCUGCACAGCGCGGCGUGGCGGGGGCAGAAGGAGGCAGCAGAAUGUCUGCUGCAGGCUGGAGCUGAGGCGGCGCGGGUGAAUGAGAACCAGGACACCGCGCUACACCUCGCCGCCUGGAACGGGCACCUUGCAGUGGCGCAGCUUUUGCUGCAGCAUGACGCCCCCAUCAACGCGGGCAACGAGGCUGGGGACACCCCGCUGCACCUGGCGGCGCAGAGUGGGCACCAAGCCUUGGUGCGGCUGCUGCUGCUGCGUGGAGCGGACUUGCACGCGGAGCUCACCAGCGGUGAGACACCUUUGCACUUGGCCGCUUGGCGCGGACAGGCCGCCGUGGCGAGCGCGCUGCUGGAGGCCAAGGCGGCUCUGGAGGCGCGGAGUUCCUCCGGGGACUCCGCGCUGAUCUUGGGCGCCUGGGGCGGGCACCGCGACCUCUGCGGCCUCCUGCUGCGCCGCAACGCGGAGGCGCAAGCCGCCAACCUGCGGGGGGACACCGCGCUGGUCUUGGCGCUCCGCAACAAUGACCUGGGCACGGCUCAGUGCCUUCUGCGGUAUCUUCCUCCGCCACUUCCCAAGGAGGCUGUUCUAGAAGUCGUGGACCUCAUCCAAGCGGCAGAGAGGAAUCAGCUGGCGGCCGACCUCGCCGAGUCCCCGCUUCGCGCUUGAAAUCGCAGUGAGCCAGCGCUGGCAGGACGUUUUCAGGGGCAGGGAGUGAUAGAACGACAUGAGUUUGUCUUGGCUUUCUGUUGGCUUCCC